GUUCAUAAACAAUCGAAGAAAAACAAACGACAUUAUCCAAUUUGUUGAUAAAAAAUUAGAUAGAAUUUGAAGAGGAUAUUGUGCAUUAACUUUUUUACAUAGUAGAGUUUAACUGCAAUAUCCACUCCAACCAAAGAUCUUCCAUGCAUAACUCGGUCUCAUAAAUGAUGCACCCUCAAAAAUCAUUACAUUUUUUAACAUAAAAAAAAUUAUGGUUUGAACUUUGAAUGGGCUGACUGACGGUAAUUUUGGCAAAUAAAAAUGUAUAGUCAAUCAAUCAACAGUCCCCACCCACCCACGCAUGUCUAACGUUUGAAGACAGUACAGACAGACAGCUUCCUAUGAAUACAAUCACCGCAUCAACACCAAUUUGUUGUUGCAACUGUAUUCACACUCAUCAUCAUGUUCAUCCACCUCCUCAUUUCUUUUCUCCCCCAAUACAUCCACAAUUCAGAGGUUUGGUGUUAAACAGAAGAAGAAAGGGAAUUGUUGAAUCUAGCUCUGGAAACGGUGCUGUGUUUCGAAGCAAUCAAGUUCAUUCGUCCCCUUGGGAUGAUAAACCCUUUGAAAUCCUUCCAAAUGGUAAAAGGUCUUAUUUGGAUGAACAAGAUGUUAUAGCUUUUCUUGACCCACCUAAUGAUUUGAUCCCUUUGGACCCAACUUCUUAUAAUCCUGCUGCAUAUCUUUGGAAAAAAAUUGAAGAUAUUCCGGAGGAAAGGCGUCAUCGACUACUGCUAUUGAUAAAACCCAGACUUAUAUCAAUGGCUUGGCAGAUAGCUGGUACACGAUACGAGGAUCCCACGUUAGUAAGGAAAACCGAAUCCAUGUUGUUGAUCAACUCCAACAAAGAUGAAGCGAUGCUUGAAUAUUACAACUGUCGAACAAGUGGGGGACCGAUGCCAAUUUCCUGGAUUAAUUCAUUCAGAAAGGUUAUUUUUUCUUGCUCGGAUGGAAAGACGUAUGGACGACUUAUUGGCGGAUCAAUUGUGGCUUCAUUUGCUGAUUCAUUCGCUCCUCUUUAUUUUACAAUGACACAAAUUAAGGAAGUGCUGUCAACUGAACAGCCUUGUGAUUUAGCAUAUGAAUUUGGGGAUGGACUGUAUGAUAUCAAAGAGCUUCCACUAGGAUUUCCUAGACCAGUUAAGCAUCCUUAUCCUUUCAACGAUCAAAUUGUCAUAUAUGUUCGCUAUCUAGGGCCGGGUGUUUCAGUAGGGCAAGCAUGGCAAGAGGGAAGUAAGUUAGAGCAAAUACCACGAAAAUUAUGUGGCGAGAUUUUAAUGGUGAAAGAUUACUACACAUCAUUAUAAGAAAGCCAGCGAUGAAAGUUACCUGUUUUCCCUCAAAUAAAAUUGUGAGACUCUUUCCUUUUUAAAGUUUUUAGCGGACCAACCAAUGCAUAUGCGGACAGCUAAGUUUCUGUUUCUUAUUCAUAUCGUAGAGAAUUAUUAUGACUUUUCCGUCAUGAGUUUUCUGUUUAUGUACAUGCCAACUCAGUAUAUAACUAGUUGAGAGAAUGCUAGAGCUACAUUAUAGAUAGAUCAUAGCAAUGUUUAAUUAUCGCUUUCGAACCCUAAUUUGUACUCUAUAGACACUAAAGUUUAGGUUGAAUUCUAAAAUAUUGAAACACUGAGUACAUUUUUUCGCUUUAAAAAAUCCUAUAAUAGUCGAUGGCUUGGACCGCUCAUCCAGUUGAAGCUUCAA